AUGCCUGUCAAUACUAGCACUGGCUUCAUGCGUCCAGACCUCUUCUCACCUCUCCUUCCUCCAGCGUACUUGUGUUCCAACAAAUCUCCCCUCACUUACUGGAAAAUUCCUGAUCAGAUCAACUGCACACGAAUUUUGCCACCCGCUUAUGCAACUCCUCGGGCUCUUACGAUCAAUGUUUACCGUCCAAACACCAUUCGCUAUCAAAGUACGGCUCACGUGUGUCGCAUAAUUUCACAGACUACAAAGUACUCUGUCAAUUUCUUUGGUGCGAGGUCGCAAACUACGACCACAGCUGAAUCAGCAGUUCCUCUAGGUAUUUGCAAGCAUAUGAUCCGUGACAAAGCCUGUGCAUACGGUGAGCUUAGCGCGGUGGGCACUGUAUGGAAAACUAGGAAUAAACUGGAUUUCGUAUGGCCCUCAGCACCCUUUCAGUGCUGCUCGGAAAACAGUGUCACGACUACAGUAUUCGCCUAUCACGGCUCAUCUACUGUCGAAAGCCCUAUUGGCACACUGUCCGGCUGUCAUUAUAGAGACGGGUUUUGUACUACUAACACCGGAGCAGCCGUCGUAUGGUCACCGCAACACAACGAACAGUGCAGGUACAUAUUAGUUUCGCCCAUGAAGGGCACUUUGCUAGAUAAGGUUUGGCUCAGUGAGUCCAAAGAAUUUGCUCUCUCUUUUGCUUUGGCCGACCCCCGACAGCAUGAUUGUGGCCAUCGCCUUAUAAUCACCGAUCAGGGUUACGGUGUUGAAAUCAUAUCCACACAAGUUCGGUCUAAACGGGAAACGCUUAACCCCUUCCUUCAACAAGUCGGAGUAGCUACUACGAACCAAUUAGCGGCCCAACUUUUAGCUGUAGAGGACAACAUGCAACAUUUUCUAAAUAAUUCCUUUCAUCAUUCAAUCCUACAUCUUUGCAAGUCAGUGAAUUCCCUCAGUAGAUCUCUCAGUAGUGCUAUAUCGGCUCAUCCUACUUUGGCGAUGCGUAAAAUUUUACACAGGUCCGACAUUGAAGCCGUGUAUGUCGGUGACAAUGUGGUCCGUACGAAGUCUUGCGUGUCCAUUGACAGCUCCCUCUAUAAGUUAAUGAAAUUCAACGGUUCGUGUUUUUCAUUACCAUCAGUGUUUAUAAGGCUUCCAGACGGCUCUCAUUGGAAAACCUUCAUUGACCCCAUUACCAAGAUCCUAACCACUCAGGCGUCGCCUGUUGAGUGUAAAGAACGUAUGAUGUUCGAAUUCGCGAAUAACAACUCAAUCACGCGAUAUUAUCCAAUGACAGGGCAUCACGAGAUCGUGUUACCAUCCCUCAUUACCGUAAUACCAGACGCCGUUAAUCCCGCUAUCCACGAGGUCAAGCCAGCCCUUACACUUUUUCAUAACCUCGUGCUCACAAAUAUUAGCGAGUUCCUCCCCAACUUACAUUUUAACGAAUUGUGGUCUGCAAUAGAGGGCACCCAAGCGGCGUUGGACGCUCAUUUGGAGCCGCAUCCUUCCCAGGAUCUUCCCCCUUCAUUUACUCAGUCCAUCAAAUCUCCUUUCACGUUUCAGCCUUUCUCUCUCCUCUUAUCAUAUCUCUAUCAACCAUGGGUCAUCACAUGCUGUUUCAUUGUAACAUUUAAAACGGUGGUUCCCUUACUUGCCAUGUAUAUGUCUUUUGCCUCCCCUACGCCUUUUACGCACAUCCUGCACCGCUUUCAACAAGCACGGCGUAUUCCAAGUAGCGCGAUGACAUUACGGGAUCACAUACCUACACCACCGUCCACAACGGAACCAACAAAUACUCAGCAUUCUUUUCCUACAGUAACAAUGCACAUCGCAGAUAUCGUCAUUCACCCUAUCCUUCAUUUCACAAAAAUUCGUUGCGUACCACACGCGGAUUCGAUCUAUGAAGUGAUUUUAGGAAACGACACCCUCACAUUGCUACCCAUGAUGUCCAUUCACUUCGGCGAUCAAAAGGUGUCCUUCGGAUCUACAGUACUCCCAUUUGGUAAAUUCGCCGCGCGCCUUCCUUCCGUAAGUAGCCAUAUCCAUCAUGUUCGCGCGGUGCGCACCAUAACACUACCACCUAACUCUGAGUCUUUCGUCUCAUGCGUGGUCCAAGAUCCCUCGCCCUCAAGAGACCUUAUGCUAAUCUCACAAUGCGAAAAACUCGUCGAAAGGGACCUCAUUGUAGCUCCCGCAAUUAUUUCAUCUCAGCAACCGGUCCUUCUGAUCUCAAAUCUGACCAAUCAGUCAGCUACUCUGUACGAGGGUAUGCGUCUGGCGAAGGCCAUCGCAGUCACUAAUGAUGAGCACACGCUGUCUGAGGAUAACCUCAAUUCCCCACCGGCGAUUUCAUGCGUCGCGGACAUUACGCCAAGGGAUCCGUCUUACAAAGUCGACCUUGAUCACUGUGAUUUGAAUCCCAAACAACGUUGCCAACUACAGCGUCUCCUUGAUUUAUUUUCAGACGUUUUCUCUAAGCAUCAAUAUGAUAUAGGAAGCUGUACAGCUGGGAAAGUGCAUAUUUUCACGACAAAUGACCCUCCGGCGAAAAUCCGACCAUAUAGAAAACCCAUUCUAGGCUUCCCCAAUUAUGACAAGCAAUUCCACAUUUUCACAGAUGCUAGUGCAUUUGCACAAGCAGGCGCUCUCAUGCAAGAGUUCGAGGAAAAUACGAAUAAGUUCUACGCAGUGGCUUACUGUAGCCGCACUUUGAGUGAAACUGAGCGCCGCUGGCCUGCAGUUCAAAUUGAGCUGGGUGCUAUUAUCUACGCCUUACGCCAAUUCAAACCAUACAUAUGUAUGACAAAGCCCAACACUUCCCAUGACGAACUUCAUGACAUCAUUGAAUUCCCCAUCAGUUUACCACUGACUUGCCGCGUAUCAGAGGAACACCAGUUACCCGUGGUUAUGCCGUGUCGUACCUUCAUCAGAGGUAUGGACCAUUCUGUGAACAUGGCAGAAGAACAGCAAAAAGACGAGUUCCUUCAAAAGGUAUUCCAUUUCAAACAGGAUAAUUCUGCAGUUUCCUCAUUCACAGACCAGGAAAAAGCGUCAUUAACCGAUUUCGCGAGCAAAGUUACGGUUGCAUCUAACGGGUGUCUGUAUUAUCGUCGGGAUAAUUCACCAGCUCCCUUAUUACUAAUACCUAGUUCACUUCAACCCCUCGUCAUUAACGCCCAUCACAGCAGCGCCCUGUCUGGCGGACACAUGGGAUGGAGAAAAACACUCGCUAAGAUAUUGCGCAAGUACUAUUGGCCAUCAGUCUAUGCUGAUGUUCACCAGUGGUGUCAAGCAUGUAUGACGUGCCAGAUGCGGAGCAAACCAAAUCCAGCGUAUAAAGAACGACUAAUACCAGUGCACAGUGAAGCAGUUUUUGCAAAGGUGGGCUUAGACCUAUGUGGACCACUCAAAAUAACUGAACGAGGUAAUCGCUAUAUUUUGAAUAUGAUUUGCUGGUUUACACGCUACGUCAUUUCUGUGCCUCUACAAGACGCACGCGCUAAUACCAUUGCUCAUGCACUUCUCACGGAAUGCGUACUCAAAUAUGGAACCAUGUCCGAACUGAUCUCCGACCAAGCUUCCAGCUUUACAUCCCAUUUCUAUCAGGAGUUCUGCAACCUGCUGUACAUUCAGCAUCGAUGCGCCACACCCUAUCAUUCCAUGGGAAAUGGGGCAACAGAACGUACUUUUCGUACCUUUGAAGAAGAUUGGGAUCUUUUCUUACCAUGCGUCACUUUCUGCUACAAUACUACUAUAAAUGAGGCUACGGGUGAAUCUCCUUACUUUCUAUUAUUCGGACGCGAUCCCAUUUUCGUUAUCGACCGUAUCCUUAACCCACAGGAACCAACUUCUAUACCUGAUUCCAACGGAGUAUUGGACUACCGAGCGCAGCUGGUUUCAGCUCUGCAACUUGCAUGGUCUAAUGCGGCCGAUUUUGCACGCAACUAUAAAGCAAAAAUGAAACUCGGGUAUGACAAAACAGCCCGACCAUCAUCUAUUCAAGUCGGCGAUCGAGUAUUUUUCAAAAAUUAUACGAACAAGCAGGGGUUGGCACGCAAAUUAUGCUUUCCAUGGAUUGGUCAGUUCCGCGUUAUCCAGAUGGAUCCACCACAUGCCACAAUCGUGAGCAUUACUUCACCACAAGCCAAGCCACGUAGAGUGCAUUUGAAUCAGAUCAAAAAAAUAUUCGAGUGCACCGGCCCGGCUUCAACCCUUCCCACGAUUCUUGAGGAGGAGGAGGAGCUAGUGACUCAUCUACCGACCGCGUCUAUCAAAGGGUACGAUCACGCCGUUACCCACAACAGUCCUACCAUGAUACCCCAGCAAGCUUCACACCCUUAUAACCUCCGGCCACAUACUGCACCCCCUGAUAUGGAUCAAUCGGUGGUGGAUGUCACUAAUGAACCGCCACCACAACAGGACGAUGUGCCGAUGGACACCGAGGAGCAUAGCGACCAGCUGGCGUCACUCGUAGACAAAACUUCUCUACGGCCUCCCAGUCCUUCCUUUAUUGCGGUCCCAAGCACAGCUGAAAAAGUUCCGUAUGAACCACCUGAGGAAGAUCUGAGACAUAAACCCAGCCGACCGAUGGAAAGUUUUGAGAACCACCCAUGGGCUCACCUGCUCAAGCCAAAACUGGUCCCUUUAAUGACCCCUCACUAUGAUACUAAUCUCGAAGUGUCGCGUUUCGAAAAGAUACCUAUUUCAGGGUACACAGGACUAAUUGAAGGACUCUUUCCACCACCCUCACUCAACGAGGCACCAAGCGCCCGUUUACCCCUUAGUAUUUUAGAAGCAGUCGGCCCAAAAGCCAUCGAAGCUUUCCGUCAGAACAACGACAGCGCGCAUUUGAUUGCAUGGCGUCGACAAGGGAAGCCGCUCCCAACAAUGCCAAUAGUACCAGCCCAACCUAAGCAUAAAGACAACUCUUACGUGCACGGCCUCGUGUUCGACGGUGAUAUAGCCCCCGUUUUAUACCGGUCAAGACCUUCUUCGUUAGAGACCGUUCAUGUUGAAGUCGCUCUACCAGACCGACUCGAUCUACAUACUAUUCAGUUAGAUCCCUACGCAAUCAACAUAUGCACCGACCAAAGAGGAAUUGAUUUGACAAAAAUUCUUAUUGGUGACCUCGUCUAUGUGUAUUCACUGGCCGUUACAAUGAAAUUCGCUAAUUCCGAUAUGGCCCUACCACAAACGGUAGGCGAGGCAGUGGCGUACCGCAAACCCAACGUAUGGCGAGUUGCGCGAUUCGCACUCUUACAUAGAGAUCUCAGCCUACAAUGGGAUUCGUAG